AUUUGAUAAAACAUAAAAAUGGGAAAUAACACUUCGGCCUCAUUUUGAAGACUCAACUUUAACCUGUGCAUGUUUGAACAACAAAGAGAUCACCAGAAUGCAAGGAGAACGUCUAGAUUGCCAACCAAGGGACGUUCUUGAAACACCUGAAAAAGCAUGAAGAAAGUAGUGGUAGAUAAAGAACUUAACUCUGCUAGCUCUACAGACACUCAAGGAUCUGGUGUAGUCUACAUCAUUUCAAAGAAAAGCAGAACUUUCAGAUCUUUAGACCAAAGCCAGAACUCAUUCGUAGCCAGAAAGCCCAAAACUAAUAGAAAGUUGAGUGAUUUACUACAAGGGCAUCAUCCCAAGGUUCUGUUAUCUGAUGGUGUAAAAGCAUCCAAAAAUUCUAAUUCACCUAAAACUUUGUCUAUAUCCCAACUUUCAAACACGAGACAGAGGCUGGAGUUUCCUGACGGGAGUUAAAGAAG